CCCAACCCCAACAAACAAACCAAACCAUGGAGCAAGCCGCCCCUCCCGCCGCCGGCGUCGACCUAUCCCCGGCGGCGACCGACCUCGGCCGGGUGCACCUCCUGCCCUGCGGGAUCAGGCACAACAGCGCCGCCGCUGUCUCCGACUACUUCAAGCCGAGGGACACAGGCGUGGAGGUGGAUGGGAUCAGGGUGGAGGAGGCCUUCUUCCGCGGGAGGAAGCUGCAGGGCGCCACCGUCGCGCUCCCCGAUGGCUACCGAGGUUAUGUAUUGGAGAAGAAGAAUGGAGAAAAGGAUACCCAGGGCAUGGAUGGGGAUGUUAGCAGUUUUGUAUCCCGUGCAGAAUUCCAGAACAUAACUUACUGGAAUCAUGAUACCAUGCCAUCAGCAGAGGAUCCUCUCCCACGGUGCUUUCACUGGUUAACCAUUGCGAAUGCGAUGCACAAGCCAGUGACGGCUGAAGACAUGGCUAACAUGUCCGCCAUGCAGAAUCGGAACAGCUGACCGAAGUCCAUUACAUAGUGAACCUGUAAUUUAGUUCCAGCAGGUGAAUCAUCCGACCGACCAAUGUAACAAGAAAUCUACUACUCCAGUGAACCUGGAUAUGUUGGUAUUGUAACUUUAGUUAUUAACGGUGACUGUAAUCCUGCGAGGGCCAGGCACUCUGCCUCAGGUGCCCUGGUGGAGAACGAUUGCCCCCCUGUUCUCUUUUUGAAGAGGAAAUCCUUCAUCAAAUGUGCUGUUCUAAUGUUGUGAUUGGGUUCCAGUGUGAACUUCUGAACUAUGAAAUGUGUAAAGAUUACAUUGUCUUACUAUGAUGUGGGAAUUUCUCAUACUACCCUAUAUUAAGGCUAAACUAAUUAGCGCA